AUUCGAUGCAUUUCACAAGGCCCACAAGGAGCUCAGUGGUCUAGCUUGCACCUUACUUCCCAGGGCUUCUGUUUAUUCAUACUCAGGUCUGAUUUUGGAGGCUAUUCUUAUUCAGAGUAGCCAAGCUGCAGACCAUCACCAUUUCCACCAUCAAAAUGGCAACACAAGCUUUGGUCUCCUCUUCAUCUAUUACUGCUUCAGCAGAGGCUGCUAGGCAGAUUCUAGGAGGAAGGUCGCUCCACUCAUCUCCAAGGAAGGUGUCCUUUGCUGUAAGGGCUGAAGCUACUCCCCCUGCUAAGCAAGGAGCAGACAGACAGCUGUGGUUUGCCUCCAAACAGAGCCUUUCUUACUUGGAUGGCAGUCUUCCUGGAGACUACGGAUUUGAUCCGCUGGGACUCUCAGAUCCCGAGGGUCCUGGAGGCUUCAUUGAGCCAGGAUGGCUCGCAUAUGGAGAAGUCAUUAACGGACGAUAUGCCAUGUUGGGAGCAGUGGGAGCAAUUGCACCUGAGAUCCUCGGAAAAGCUGGUCUCAUUCCACCUGAAACAGCUCUUCCUUGGUUCAAGACUGGAGUGAUUCCUCCUGCUGGUACAUAUGACUACUGGGCAGAUCCCUACACCUUAUUUGUCUUUGAGCUGGCACUCAUGGGAUUCGCUGAGCACAGGAGAUUCCAGGACUGGUGUAAGCCAGGGUGUUUGGGCAAGCAGUACUUCUUAGGUUUCGAGAAAUACUUGGGAGGCUCCGGUGAUCCUCCAUACCCUGGUGGCCCCCUCUUCAACCCUCUUGGGCUCGGCAAAGAUGAGAAAUCCUUGAGGGACUUAAAGCUGAAGGAGAUUAAGAACGGAAGAUUGGCCAUGUUGGCAAUAGUGGGUUACUUCGUUCAAGGUCUCGUCACAGGAGUAGGACCAUACCAAAACCUUCUUGAUCAUUUGUCUGACCCCGUGAACAACAAUGUACUGACCAAUCUCAAAUUCCACUAGUCUCAUCUGCUCCCAUUUCUCCUCUAUUCCCCCCCCCCCCCCCCCCCCCACAAAACCCCAAAAAACCUUUUCUACUAUAUUAUCAGAGUUGUAACUUCAUGUGCAGAAACUACUUAGCAUAUCAUCUGUAAUCUGUACCGAGUACAUGUUGAAAGCCUGGAAACCAAACCAUUGAGCUCAGAGAAACUUCAAUUGGUUCGAAA